AUGGAUCGUUGGCAUGGGAAGUUGGCUAUCGUCACCGGAGCCAGCUCUGGCAUCGGGUACGCUAUUUCCGAAGAACUGGUGAAAAAAGGGCUGCAGGUUGUGGGAUUGGCGAGGCGUGUGGACAGGGUCGAAGCUUUGGCUCGAACAUUGGAAGGACAACCUGGAAAACUUCACGCCAGAAAAACUGAUAUUACCAAAGAAUCAGAGCUCUUGGAAUCACUGAAAUGGGCUGCUGAAAAAUUCGGAGUCGCGCAUAUACUGAUCAACAACGCCGGAGUCGCGAGACCCGUCGAUCUGAUAACAGGUAGCUCCGAAGACUUUCGACUGGUCAUCGAGACCAACCUGAUUUCCGUCGCUAUAGGUACGCGAGAGGUAGUUCAAAAGAUGUUGGAGGGUAAGGUCGAAGGACACAUCCUGAACAUCAACAGCAUUUGCGGACAUUACGUGCCGAUGCUACCUUUGAAUAAUAUGUAUCCAGCAUCGAAGCACGCCAUCACCGGAUUCACGGAAACGCUCAGGCAGGAACUUUUCCAGCGGGGAAGCAAAAUCAAGGUUACGAGCGUUAGUCCAGGUUACGUUAAAACGGAAAUAGGCUCGGCGAACGGUUUUUUCGAUUUGAAAGAGAUCAAAGAAUUAGAGGAAUCCGCUCCAUAUUUGGAGAGCAAAGACGUUGCUGAUGCUGUGAUCUAUGUGCUCGGUACACCUCAACACGUUCAAGUAACUGAACUUACAAUAAGGCCGACAGGAGAACCUGUGUAA